CACGUACAAUUCGAAAUUCGUUCAGUAGUUACCAAAACUAAAUUCGUCUUGUUUCCGAGCAUAAAAAGUUAAAUUGUCAUUUUUAUAGCCACACACUUACCGAUAUGUCUUUGUCCAAUUCUCGCUUGCUUGUGAGGCAGAUGUCACUCCAGGUGCUUCGAAUGCUCGGCCGCAAUGGCUGUAACUAUUAUAGCAGUGUCACAACAGCUACCAAAGCUGCUCAGGCCCUCACUACUACAGAUUUUCCGAUGUUGAUAUCCCCGGAGUACCGGGACCGCUGCAUGGAAAAUAUGCGUAAGCUCCCCCCAUUUGUUCGACCCAGGAAGCAGCCGCAAUCCAAACGCGAAAAGUCCUCUGCGUCGGUCUUGAUUGCUCUGUGCGUAGAGCGCGACAGCAAUGACAUUUCACUGCUCUACACUCGGCGUUCGCGUCUGCUGCGUCGCCACAGUCUACAGAUCUCAUUUCCUGGCGGCAUCCGCGACGACACCGAUGCCAGCUAUAUAGACUGUGCCCUGCGAGAGACAGAGGAGGAGAUUGGAUUGCCUCGGGAUCGCAUUGAAGUAUGGGGCGAGGGCAACGUAAUGCACUUUCCCCGUGGUGCUGCCAUUAUGCCUGUUGUGGGUGUCGUCCCGAACUUUCACAUAUCGGAGCUGAAGCUAAACUGGGAGGAAGUAGAGGAGGCACUCAGUGUGCCACUCAACUCACUGUUGACUCCCACGGCAACACGUCACACACAAUUCCGAGGAGGCUAUAGUGGACCCGCCUUUGUCGUGGAUCAGACUCGCAUCUGGGGUAUCACAGCCUAUCUCACUUAUGUUUUCUUGCGGUGUCUGCUUCCCGAGCAUGUACUACCACAUGCCUUGAAGACCAACAUUAAGUUCAUACGCCCCUAUAAGCUGCCACCAAAGACCAUCCACCAUCAUCAUGUGGAUAUAGAUGCAGACGACCAGCUGGCAAAAAAGUUUGACGAAGACCAACGGCAGCAGCAAACGAAAUAACAGCACAUAGUGUUAUGGAACAGUCUAGCUUUCCAUUAUACAACAGACGACAUAUAGAAGCUUUAAAUACCUAACUUUAUCCACAAAGGACCUCAGGGGAAGCAGAUGGCUUAGCCUAUAGCUGCCGACAAAAUUUUUCAGUCUAUAUGUAGGUUUUCUUAUCAAUUGUUUUUAUCCACUAAAGUGAACUCAAGGAGUUAGCAUUGAAUUUGUUCAAUUUGUUGUUUUGUAAAAAUAUUGUUGGGACUCGUACACGAAUGUACACUGUAAAAUAGUAAUAAAAUCGUACAAAGAUUCAAACAAUA